AUGUCGGAUAAUCGAACAACACGUAUUGAGGCAUAUUUACCAGUACAAGGUUUACUUUAUUUUGAUGAACAACUUAAAUAUGUUAUAUCAAAACCAAAAAUUAUGCCAUUAAAAUCUUUAACAUUAGAAAAAUUAGAAACAUUACAAAAUGAUGCACAAGAAAAAUUAAAACAACAAGAAAAACUUGGAAUAGAUUUUCAAUCGACUGAAUGA